UGCUUUACAAUAAAAGUACCACACGGAAAAAGCUAGACGGUACCGUCUCUCCCUCUUCUCUUGUUGUAGAAGCCAUGACCAGCUCCUCCGCUCCUUCACGCAAGGCUUUAAGCAAGAUCGCAUGUAAUAGACUGCAAAAAGAACUUGUGGAGUGGCAGGUCAAUCCUCCAGCAGGAUUUAAACACAAAGUCACUGAUAAUCUUCAAAGAUGGAUCAUCGAAGUCAACGGAGCCCCAGGGACCCUGUAUGCGAACGAAACCUAUCAGCUUCAAGUGGAUUUUCCUGAGCAUUAUCCUAUGGAAGCACCUCAGGUGAUUUUUCUGCCUCCAGCUCCUCUGCAUCCCCACAUUUAUAGCAAUGGGCAUAUCUGUUUAGAUAUUCUGUAUGAUUCCUGGUCCCCAGCCAUGACUGUUAGUUCUGUAUGUAUCAGCAUCCUAUCCAUGUUGUCAAGCUCAACUGUGAAGCAACGCCCAGCGGAUAACGACCGGUAUGUGAAGAACUGUAGGAAUGGCAGAUCUCCCAAGGAGACAAGAUGGUGGUUCCAUGAUGAUAAAGUGUAAUGAUGCAACAAAGUAAAUAUUACCUGUAACCUGUGCAUAAAAAAGAGGCGUUUGGUAAUAUUCAUCGGAGACAGUGGGAAAGAGAUUGCAGUUCUUGCCCCCAAAAGCCUGUCCGCUCUUUUAAUUAUGAACUUGCUUUGUAUGUACUUUAUGGAUCAUUUUAUAUUGAACGUGGUGGCCGCCCGAAACAGGUUGCACAUCUUAAAAUGAUAUCAUCUUUAUCAACAGGAUGAAAGAUUAUGUUAUCUAUCA